AGUGUUGAGACUUUUCCAUUGGUUCAGGACAACCACGUAAUGCCGUUUGCUUUGUUGCUGUGGUUAUUGGAUCACUGAAGCAAUGUCCAUGUAAGCGAUUGACAGGCAGUUACCUGACAGAUUAUACUGAGGAAAAACAAAUAUCAAAUUUAAACCGGUUUCCUUUUCCUUCACACCACACCAGAGCAUAACAAAAAAGUUAGCCAUAAAGAGGAACGUAGCAAUAUAUAACUUAUUAUAACCAAUUUCGUGUUGGAUGGCGCAAAGUGAAGGGCACAAGGCUUUGCCUUCCUCUGGGACAGUCGCGCUCGAGAUGAGUUCCACAGCUGAAACCCGCAAAUCCUCAGGAAGAACCCUUGCUUUAACCGUGUGUUCUGCUGCAAUUGGAGGCACCUUCCAGUAUGGCUACAACAUCUCAAUUAUCAACUCUCCUACCAGUUACAUCCAAAGUUUCAUCAAUGAUACCUACAUGGAGCGCUGGGGCAUUGGCUUGGAGACCCAUCAGGUGACCCUAGUGUGGACUUUUAUUGUUUCAGCCUUCUCGUUGGGUGGUUUGUUCGGAGCCCUGCUAGGGGGGCCUCUGGCAGUCCGCUUUGGAAGGAAGAACUCACUGCUUCUGAAUAAUUCCUUCUUGUUUGUUGGUGCUGUGCUUGUGCUGACUUGCAGGGUGGCAAAAUCCUUUGAGAUGCUUAUCGUUGCUCGUUUUCUGGUAGGCAUGAACUCAGGAAUCAGUAUGAACGUUCAGCCUAUGUACUUUGGGGAAAGUGCCCCCAAACACCUCCGAGGUGCGGUGGCUUUUUCCUCAGCUGUUUUCACUGCAUUUGGGAUCUUCUUGGGUCAGGUUGUGGGACUCACCGUACUGCUGGGCACAGAGCCACUUUGGCCCUACUUACUAGCUAGUAAUGCUUUGCCAGGGGUGAUCCAGCUCCUUACCCUACCCUGGUUCCCUGAAAGCCCCAGAUACCUUCUUAUUGACCGUGGAGACAUUGAAGCAUGCAGGCGGGCGCUUGGUAGGCUUCGUGGUGGGGAGGUUCCUGUCUCGGAGAUGGAGGAGAUACUUCAGGAGCAGCAGCAGCAGAAAUCCACGGCCUUAAAUUCUGGAUCUACAGCUUCUGCCUUAACACCCUGGUCCCUGUUCAAGAAUCGUGACCUCAGAUCCCAGCUCAGAACAGUCAUGGUUGCCAGUAGUGCCAUGAUGCUCUGCGGCAAUGACUCAAUCUACUUCUAUGCCUCCUAUAUCUUUCUUGCAGCAGGGAUCCCUCCAGAGAAAGUCCAGUAUGUCACCAUCGGCACAGGGGCGUCUGAGCUAACUGCUGCUAUCCUGAGUAAUCUGCUGAUUGAACGCGUGGGCCGCAGGUCUCUUCUUGUGGGUGGGUACAGUCUCAUGUCUUGCUGGUCUGUAGUCUUCACUGUAGCUCUUAUCUUGCAGAGCCAAGGGAUGGGUGAGAUGCCCUACCUCAGCAUGGCAUGCGUGUUCGCCUACAUCCUGAGCUUUGGCUUAGGCCCAGCAGGGGUGACAGGGAUUUUACCUGCUGAGAUUUUUGACCAAGCGGCUCGGCCAGCAGCUUACAUGGUUUCUGGUUCGCUUUUAUGGAUCAGCCUGUUCUUGGUGGGAAUGCUGUUCCCCUUCAUCGUCAGAUGGCUGGGGAGCUUCUGCUUCCUUCCUUUCUUGGUUGUGUGUUUAGUGUCAGCUGUGUUUUUUGGGCUCACCUUACCGGAGACUAAGGGCAAGACACUGGCUGAGAUUACUGCAGAGUUUGAUAAAAAGAAUGGAGAGAGGCCAAAUCUCCAAGUGGAUGAGCAUGACCAGCCAUGUGUCCCCUGCUCCAUUAUUACCCUAUCGCAAGAACCUGACCGUCACCCUGACCAUGAGAUUGGAUACUAAAAUUUGACAUCCUCCAAUAAAAGCAGAAAAGACACAGAUGAUUAAUGAGUUUUAGUGAUAGAUUAAUCUAUAGAUGAAAUCUAAUGCAUCUUAUUUAUUUAAUAACAGGUUAUCUCUGUGUUAUAAUUGAUCAUUCUACCAAAUUAUGAUUUCAUGAGCAAACUCAGUGGAGGUUUUGUAUUUGUUAACCCGACGCAGUAUCAGGACAGUUCCUGAAGCAGUGACAAAAUGUAAUCCUUAGCAAUCAAGUGCAUGAGCACUUUUUUUUUGUUUUUUUUGUUUUUUUGUUUUGUGACAGAAAGAGUUAGGAUGGAGAUUUUGUGUUCAUGUGCAGGAUUCCUUAAGUUCAAAUGUUGUCAAACUAAUUUUUAUUAACAUAUAAGGGAAAAUGGGAUUUUUCCCUGACCAUUGCAUUUUAUACAUGCAGUGUUUCACCAUUUCACCAAAGAAAUGCUAAGCAGGCAUGAAAGACAAUUGUGGGUCGGGGUCACUGUGUCCUUGUACACAAUUAUAGAUUACAGAUUACAUUUCGUGACUAUUUGACAAACUGCUGUGAUACUAUACUGGUUACCUGGGAACAGGAAGUAUUAUAAUGCACUGCUCAAGCAGAAAUGUUCUUAAAUUAGAACUCAAGCAAGACCGAGUCAAUUUGUGUUAAAAGAACACAGGAUCCUCUUUUAUAGACUUUGUUUGUUAUCUGCAGUCUGGUCACACAAAGAGAAUGACAUUGACAAUUAACUGAUGUGUUCUAAAGGGAUAACUUGAAAAUCUUUACUCUACAAGGCAGCUCUCUCGUAGCGUAAUGACAUAACUGUAUGUGGAAUAUAAAUUGCCAAAUAAUAAGUAACAUAUAAGUAACAUAUAAGUAACAUAGUAACAUAUAAUAAUAAGUAAUAAGUAACAUAUGUCCAAUCUGUCUCCAGUGGAAAUAACAUACUGGGGAAAAUGCUGUACUUCAUGACCUUUCAUUCAAUACACUUUGCUUAAUCAGUUGAAACACAAUGUGAUCAAAAUUGACAGGAAUGGUACUCAGAUGCUCACGAAACAAUUAACUUAUUUUUAACCUCUAUUAGGUGAUUUUGCUUAUUGUUAUUCUAUUUUUAUUUAAGAUGACUUAAUGCCAAAGUUUUUUGAAUGACUGCACUAUGAAUUUAAAAUAUGAUUUUGUUUCAUUGCUGUUAUAUAUGUUAUACUGAUCCCCUCAGGGAAGAAUAUAUCCUGAAGAAGUUGUUAAUAGAUAAAGAACUUAUAAAGCUGCUGUAGUCUUUCCUGACUCAAGUGUGCUCAGUGUGAGACCUGCACUAAGUGAAUGUAUUGAACCCUGUUGGGUGGUGGAUUAUACACCUCAGAUGUAGCUGCAUUAUGCGCUCAUUCAUAACCGCUCAAACUCUCUGAGGGUCUUGAUAAUAAAGAGAGGUGUUUGCAAUACAGAGGGUAAUCAUUUGUUCUGCAUGUACUAUAGGAUUAUCCCCCUUAAUUUGACACUUGUGUACUGGGUAGAUAACAAUGCCUGUUUAUUGUGUAAUGUGAUCAUAUUCUCUGUUUUGUUGACAUGUCUGUUCAGGCCAGUGAUCCAUGCCUGUGUGCAUUUUCCUGUUCAAUGAUUCAAGUAGGAGCAGUGCCUCUCUAAACCAGUUUAGAGAUUGGACUGUGUGGUUAUUAGCUAGGACUCCCAUGCACAGCUUUCCUCCUCGUGCUGCUAACAGCAUGUCCCCAUUUAAACACAUAUCGAUAUGUCUUUUGUGUGUGCCCAUGACUGUAUUAUAUAUUUCUGUAUGUAUUUAUGCGAUGUAGCUCUGCAAAACAGCCAGUAGAUGCUGCUAUUGCCAUUGCUCUCCUUUCUGUGUUCAAACAUAAAACUGUAAUAUCAAAAUGAAUCACAGAUGUAACACCCAGGCAAAAAUAACACCUUUAAAAUUCAACAGCUGUUGGCUUACAACCCUUCUGUUGACCAUCUGUCACAGCCUCUGCAUGCUCCCCUUUCCGAUUAUUUCUUGGAAUGAAUUAAGAGAUAACAGAUAUUCUUUAUUAUGAUAAACCAUUUGCUACAGGUAACUGCUGUGGUAGCAGGUGGAAGAUACUGUGCACUAACUGAAUGGAAUAUUGUUGAUGUGAUUGUAUGAUGUUGUCUUUCCAUAGCAUGUUCAGUGACAACCUUCAAAGAUAGUAACGAUACUGUACAAAUCCCACUGUGUGACGCUUUAUUUUGUAUGUGAUGAAUAUUUAUUUUGCACAUUUGCAAUUAUUUAUUCAAUCAUAUGUAUUCAAUGAGAAAUAUGACUAUGUGCAGCAAUGAAAGGUAAAAGUGCUGCCCCACA